AACGCUGCCUGGAAUGGCAAGAUAAUUUUGGCCGCGCGCAUCCAAGGGGAAUUCAUUUUCAAGACAACCGUACGCAGAUUGCCAUUGAUUGGUCGUUGAUGCAUCCGUAAUCUGUUGUGGUGCCGUGGUUUUGCGCCCAGUUCAGCCCAAGUUCGACUCGAGCCCUGACACUCGACAUAGCGGCCUUCCAAACGCGGAUACUCGUGUGUGUGGGUACCUUGUGCAUCUGCCCUACUCGGCUAGCUGCUAUUUUAGUGGAUAGUGACAGCGGCCGACCGGAGCUAGCGGAGUGCCUGUGUAGCAGCAGUGCGCAGAGUCAGGAGUGGAUAAUAUUUCACCCGGUUGGUGCGUUAAGUGCGGCUGCGCCGAGAGAGGAACUGCCGGGCAGGCAUCUCUACAGCGACGGGAAGGAGCCUCACCUCGGACGGACCAUCGGACCCAUGCCCCCCAGGACCGGAGCGCGCAGCGUCCGAGCCUGACCGUGUGACCAGCCCCUCGCGACCCCCGGGAAGGGAGAGGUACACCGUACCGCACACCUGCAGCAAGCCUGGAUGUGGCUUCGCUCCGCAAAUGAGCUCAGUGAGCGGCGGGAGGUUUGACUUCGACGAUGGUGGGACGUAUUGUGGAGGAUGGGAGGAUGGCAAAGCGCACGGCCACGGCAUAUGCACGGGGCCGAAGGGCCGCGGAGAGUAUUCCGGAUCCUGGUUCCAUGGCUUCGAGAUAAACGGAGUCUACACCUGGCCCAACGGUAACACCUUCGAGGGCCAGUGGAGCCAAGGCAAGCGCGACGGGCUGGGAGUAGAAACCCGCGGGAGGUGGGUGUAUAGGGGCGAGUGGACGAAGGGCUACAAGGGCAGAUACGGCGCCAGAGAGAGCAAGACCACCGGCGCCAAGUACCAAGGCACCUGGAGUAACGGUCUACAGGAUGGGUACGGCUCGGAAACGUAUGCUGAUGGAGGCACGUAUCAGGGCCAGUGGGUGGCUGGCAUGCGGCAGGGGUACGGCAUCAGGAGCAGCGUGCCGUACGGCAUGGCGUCCGUCAUCAACUCUCCCGUGCGCACCUCGCUGGCCUCUCUGCGGAGCGACCAGGAGAGCAGUGUGGGGGAGGGGGCCCACGAGGCCACCCCCAGCCAAACCAAUCUCCAGGUCUCUGGCGCCAGAGGCGGCUUCGUUCUCAACAUCUUCGACGAGCCUCCGCCUAAGAAAAAGCAAGCCUUCCUUAAGCGCACCAGCAGCAUCAGAAAGUCUUUCCUUUCGGGGUUAAGGAUUCGCAAGAAAGGCAGUGGAAGUAGUCAAGCUAGUCAAACGUCUUACCGCAGUAGUGAAUACAGUGACAUAGAUGUAGAAUCAACAACACCUUCUAGUAUUAGCGGGGUGGAGUCCACGGGCACCACGUCAGAGUACGAAAUGCCGCACAUGGUGGCAGAAGAAAUAGACGCUAACACAACAGAGACUUACAUGGGAGAGUGGAAGAAUGACAAGCGGAGUGGGUUUGGUAUCAGCCAGAGAUCGGACGGACUUAGAUACGAGGGUGAGUGGCUGAACAACAGAAAGCACGGAUAUGGAUGCACCACGUAUCCCAAUGGAGCCAAAGAGGAAGGCAAAUACAAGCACAACUACCUAGUGCAUUCAGGGAAGAAGAAGAACCUGUUCUCGGUGCGUUACGCCAAGAUAAAGGAAAGAGUGGACCAGGCUGUUGAAGCUGCUCUAAAAGCUGCAGAGGUCGCCAGACAGAAGGCAGACAUUGCAGUUUCAAGAACUGCCCACGCGAGGGCAAAGGCCGAACAAGCAGACAUUGCCAGACAACACGCAAGAGAAGAAUCAGACAUUGCACGAUUAGUCGCACGGCAACUGUCUCCAACCUUCCACCAACCAGGUCUAGAGUACAUAAAGAACAGGGCAGAAGCGGCGGCCAAGGCUGAGGCUGCUGAGACAGCGGAGCUGGCCCUCGCUUCAGCUGCCUCUCCCUCCCAGGCCAGCCCACGCCCCAGCGCCAGACUCGUCACCCCCGACAUGGCCAGAAAAGCUGCAACAACGGAAGAUCAUCCACUCGAUCAGAAAGGCAACAAGAAGGAGCAGGAUUCAGAGCAGACCACCCCCAAGAGGAAGUUCAGCAUGAAAGCUGUGCAGGAUUGGCUCGGUUCCUCCUUCAAGAAGGAGGAAAAGCCUCCCCCUCCUCCCGAGCCCCAGACAGUGGAGGCCAUGGCCACUGCCAUGGACGUGGGGAUGUCAGCGGGCAGGCCUGACGUGUAUGAGAACAUAGGCACCAACUUGGAAGCCCCGAAGGUUCCUCCCAAGUUCAAGUAUCUCUUUGGCGACGAAGGCGAGUUUUACGAAGACGAAGGUUAUGACGAAUACGGCCCUGCCGCCGACACCACCCCGGAUUCAGGCAUCGGUUUCGAGUCAGAGUCCACGCUACGACACAGGAGGAGAUCCCCGCACACAUUAGACGUCUUCGAGCCAACGGUAGAGGAAGCAGCGCCGGUAGGGAAGGACGAAUAUCUGGAGAAGGAAGGAGAGCUGUACUUGGAGGAGGUACCAGCUGGAGAAGAAGGAUAUCCUGAGGAAGAAUAUACAGCUGAAGAUCAAUACUUGGAGGAGUACCCCGAGGAUUACAUCGACACCCCCAUGGAGGAGGUGGAAACCGUGCAGGCUGUACAGGCCGUGCAACCGGGCACCAUGAUACACACGGUGACAGCGCUAGAACCGGUCACACCGACACUCGUAGAAGAACCUACACCAGAGCCCGAGCCCGAGCCGGAACCUGAACCAGCACCACCGGCACCCGUCGAGCCCUUGGCGCCGAAUGGAAAGCCUGUCGCUGCCGCCCCAACUGAACAGAACGUCGUGGACACAACAUGGAAACCAACGUCAGAGAUUAUGAUGGUAAAGGAGGUGAAUCCGACAGCCCACAUCAUCAUCCUGGUUAUACUGUUGAACAUCGGCUUUGCAGUGCUGUUCUGCCACUUCCUGACGUGAAGACGUCCAACACGUGGAGGAACGACUCGGGUGUGACCAAUGGCGACGUGUCGGGGUGGGGUGUACCGGCUCCCAGCAAGAGGGCCCGAUGCCAUGCUCGCAUGGGAAAACAUGACCGCUCUUCACUAUCUGUGCUUGAACCAUCAAGAAUCACCCCAUCACCUGUGACAGCACUGCCUGCAUCGGGCCCUGUUUAUUUUUCUUGUGUAUGCAUUUACAAGAGGAAAAAGAAAGAAAAGACCGCAGGUUCGAAUCACGUCAGAAAAAAACAAAAUCAUGCUCUGCAUCAUCCUUUUUAUAUAAUGAACACAUGUAUAUUCAUAAAGAAAAUUCUCAUGCUCUGCCUUUUGAACUUCUCAAACAUGACAUUUGAAGACUCUACAUCAUUCUGGGAAAUAAACAGACUAUAAAUCUACAUGUUUAAGUUUUUUAUUGCCACGUUGUGAGCCUGUUGAUGAUAAUUAUUGCAUCAUCUCCCACCUGUCCUUCAUAUUUAAGAGACUUCAAGGCCAUGUUGCCUGUUUGGUGAGUGGAAAUAAGAAAGAAUUGGAUUGUGGGAUUUAUGGAGGAUUCUGGGUAACUAAGACCUUUGACCCAGAUGGCCUGUUGUGUUGAACUCUGGGAAGGGAAAAAAUGUAGCCAUUUGUAGUAAGAAUAGUUAGACAAUGAAUAGUACGAUGAUAACGGAAAAAAAUUGAAAUAAAAACGAAAACCGAAAGGUUUGCCAAGAAAACAUAGUUUUGGGAGAAAUGAGUGAGAAAAGGAAAUAUUUUUCUGGCCACAAUUCAGAUUCAGAUCUUGUCUUUGCCAGUGAUUCUAACUUGCAUGUUGAGUGUUUUUGAAUGGAGAGCUGCCCGCCCUGUGGAUUGCAGCUAGACUUGUUGCCAAAAUCUUAGUGUAAGCAAUGGCAAUCCUUUUCUUGUAAAUUCAUUGUUUGCUGCAUCACAGGAAAGUGUCAAGAAGGAAUGUGCUUUGAAUCUUGCACAUUUGUACAGUAUAUUCAAUGAAUUUUGUGAAUGGAUUUCUUUGUUACGUUUUUAUACUUGUGGUCCAAAUGUAGUCAUAUCAUACGCGAAAGCGACAAAAACUUUCUCUGCGUAGAAUGUAGUUGGACUGCAGAGUUGUACUACUUCGUGUUGUCUUGCCCUCUCUACCAUGUGCUUAUUCUGAUGUACGUUUAUUUGACAACCCUCCUUUCAUGCAUAUGUACCUACCUUAUACUGCGUCCGUGCAUGUGUGUAUUAGUUUUUGUCGAGGUAAAAAAACAUGCGCACUCACUCACUUUGCUGAACCCUUGUAAUUUAGAACACCUGUAUUGUUGUGAGGGUACUUGUAUUGCUUGUCGCAGUCAACUAUCAAACAUGACUGAAUGGUGAACAACGUUUUAAGUGAGACAAAAAUCAAGCGAUCAAGUUUUCCCCUGAGUGCUGAUUUUCUGUAUUUACCAUGUGCAAUGUUUUCUGACCUUAAUAAUAGACUUUUCAAUCAAUGAUCCAAGAUAGGAGAUGUAUCCAUAGUGGUGUGUUUUCAUGUUGAUGAGCAGCCUAGAUUUACAAACCAGUAGUAGAGGUGUCGAGACGACAAAAUCUUUUCAAAUGGGAACUUUUCAUACAGCACAGUAAGCUGAUUUUCCAGUUAAAGGCAUAUUUUAUAUGUCUUUAGUGUAUGGAAUUCUAGUCUCCAUGUAAAUAAAGGUUAUGCAGGUGCAGUUUACA